UAUAUAUAUAAAUCUUCAACCACACACACACAGAAACAGAGUCGGCUGCUUUCACCAAACCUUUCACCUUCAGAUUUCUAACUUGCCCGAAGCCAGAGGCUUGUGGAAUCACUAGUUAUUUAUUAGAUUGAGAAUGAACUUUAGACUAUGCUCAAAUGCUUCAGAGAUCAUAUCACCUAGUUUAGAUGGAUCACAAAGCAUAAACAUAAAUAGAUCAGUGUCCACAUCUUCAACCAGGGGUAGUGACUUGGUCAACAAAGAUAGUAUCCAUGCGCCUAGUCGUGAUACUAGAAAGGUGGUGCUUUCAAGUCAAUAUGUACCAGGUCAGUUGGAAGGAACACGUUUAAAGGGAAAGCCAUUGUCAAAGCCAAGACAGAAGUUGGAAUUUAUCAGGACAUUGUUGAUUGACAAUUACGACAGCUACACCUAUAAUAUAUACCAAGAAUUGUCUCUUGUGAAUGGAUUACCUCCUGUUGUAAUACGCAAUGAUGAAUGGACGUGGGAGGAGGCAUGCUAUUACAUUUAUGAAGAGAGAGCGUUUGAUAACAUUGUUAUAUCACCAGGUCCAGGAUCACCAGCAUGCUCGUCUGAUGUAGGGAUUUGUCUCAAGUUGCUGCUAGAGUGCGGGGACAUUCCAAUCUUAGGUGUUUGUCUUGGACAUCAGGCCUUAGGAUACGUGCAUGGUGCAGAUGUCAUCCAUGCCUUUGAACCUGUCCAUGGACGCCUGAGUGAAAUUCAGCAUAAUGGAAGCAGAUUGUUUGAUGGUAUUCCUUCUGGCAGAAAUUCUGGUUUUAAGGUGGUUCGAUAUCACUCCCUUGUCAUAGAUCCAAAAUCACUUCCGAAGGAACUCAUACCUUUAGCAUGGACAUGCUCUGCUGAUAAAGUUUCUUCUGUGGGUAACCGACAGUCUGAUAUUGAAUCUUAUAAAAGUCAACAUGAUCGAGAAACUUCUCCUAGGUCCUUUAGCGAAGGUAUGCCAGACAGGAGAGUUCUUAUGGGCAUCAUGCACUCCACUAGACCUCAUUAUGGCUUGCAGUUUCACCCUGAGAGCAUUGCCACCUGUCAUGGGAGUCGGAUAUUCAAAAACUUUAGAGAUAUUACUGAAGAUUUUUGGGGAUCGAAAGACUCUUCCAAAAUUAGUGAGAGGACGCUACAGUAUAAUGCGUGCAUGCAGAUAGGAAAUGGAAGUUGGCAGUUUAAACACAACCUCAAAAGUGCUUAUUUGUCCAUUCUUGAUGCAAACCAUAUCAAUAUGUACAAGAUGGUGAACUCGUCAAGUUUGAGCAAUGGUAUCAAGUUUUUAAAACUACGCUGGAGAAAACUUGAUAGUUUAUCUUGUCAAGUUGGCGGAGCAAAAAAUAUAUUUCUCAAAUUGUUUGGGGAUAAGAAGGCUGAAAACACCUUUUGGUUGGAUAGCUCCUCUACAGAAAAGAGAAGAGCAAGAUUUUCAUUUAUGGGUGGAAAAGGUGGAUCUCUUUGGAAGCAGAUAACUUUCAGAGUAUCAGACCCAAGUGAUGUUACAUGUACAAGUGGAGGUCAUAUUUCAGUUGAAGAUGGUGAAGGUUUAUCUAAGUUUACUUUUUUGGAAGAUGGUUUCUUCAAUUAUAUGAAUAAGGAACUUCAAUCUAUUCAUUAUGAUGAAAAGGAUUAUGACGGGUUACCUUUUGAGUUUUAUGGUGGAUACAUUGGCUAUCUUGGAUAUGGCCUAAAAGUUGAAUGUGGUGUAACACAUAAUCGUCACAAGGCAGGAUCACCAGAUGCAUGCUUCUUCUUUGCAGACAAUCUUCUUGUAGUAGAUCACUCCAAUGAUGACAUUUACAUUCUAUCAGUACAUGAUCAAACCACAAAACCAACAACAUGGUUGGAUGAUGUUGAGCAGACUCUCAUCACCUUAAAAGCUGCUGCUUUCAAAAGUUCAUCUUCUCAAACAUUUGUCCAGGCCAAGACCAUUUCUGUGAAAAGUGGCUUUCUUUCUGAUAAAACCAGGGAGCAGUACGUGGAAGAUGUGGAGAAAUGUCAAAAGUUUAUCAAAGAUGGUGAAAGUUACGAGCUGUGCCUCACAACUCAGAUGAGAAAGAAAAUAGGAGACAUAGAUCAUUUAGGUCUUUACCUUCAUCUCAGAGAUAAGAAUCCUGCUCCAUAUGCUGCAUGGCUUAAUUUCUCGAAAGAAAAUUUGACUAUUUGUUGCUCUUCCCCUGAGAGAUUUUUGCGUCUAGAUAGAAAUGGUAUUUUGGAAGCAAAACCUAUUAAGGGCACUGUAGCACGUGGCUUAACACCCGAGGAAGAUGAGAUGCUUAGAUCACAACUACAAAACAGCGAAAAGGAUCAAGCGGAAAAUCUUAUGAUUGUUGAUCUCCUAAGGAACGACCUGGGCCGUGUAUGUGAACCUGGGUCUGUCCAUGUUCCCCAUCUCAUGGAAGUUGAAUCAUAUGCAACCGUUCACACCAUGGUAAGCACAAUCCGAGGAAAAAAGCUGUUGAAUCUGAGUGCAAUUGAUUGCAUUAGAGCAGCAUUCCCUGGUGGGUCGAUGACAGGUGCUCCUAAAUUGAGAUCAAUGGAGCUCCUAGAUUCUGUCGAAAGUUGCUCAAGAGGCAUCUACUCUGGCUGCAUCGGGUUUUUUUCUUACAACCAAACAUUCGACCUCAACAUUGUUAUACGGACCGUCGUAGUCCACGAUGGUGAAGCUUCAAUAGGUGCAGGUGGAGCCAUUGUGUCUCUGUCUAGUCCCGAAGAAGAGUAUAAAGAAAUGGUUUUAAAAGCAAGAGCACCCGUUAAUGCAGUGGUGGAAUAUGAACAUAGAUCCAAAGAAUCUCUAAGCUGAAAAUUUUAGGUAAACCUUAUAUCAUAGAAAAUUAUACCGGGUGAUGUUUGGAAGAUGGACACAGGUUAUUUGCAGCCAACUGAAACCAUCCACUGAAAAACAAAUUAGAAUUGAUACAUCAAUGGUACAAUUGAUCGAUCGCGAUAAUUAUAUCUAUAGUAAAUUGAUUUAAUCAA